GUGUUUUAAAGCACGCAACACUUUCCAAUAUAUGUAUAGUUAGUUUGGUCUAAGAAAUUAGUUUAAAAGGCAUCCAUUUUGCAUGGGAAAGUACCUCAUAGAUUCUUGAUCAUGGCCAACAAUUAUUUCUUGACAAUCCUAUGCACCACUUUCAUCGUAGUUGUGGGGGGUUCAGCCCUCAUCCGGGCCAUGCCACCACAAAACCCCAUCCAAUGCAACCAAACUGGCUGCAUCCUCUACAACUCCUAUGGCGUUUGGGAUGACAGGAAAACCUGCCAUGUCGCCGCCGCCGUCUACCCCACCACGGAAGAAGAGCUCCGGUUAGCAGUAGCCAAUGCUAACAAGAACAAGCUCAAAGUAAAAGUUGUGUCCAAAUUUUCACACACUAUUCUGAAAUUGGCCUGCCCCACGGCCCGGAAUGGGAACGCUGUCCUGAUAAGCACCGAGAGAUACAACUCGAGUAUCGUUGUGGAUGUGGCUAAUUUGGCCGUCACGGUGGAUGCUGGUGUGGGGCUUCGGCCCCUGAUUGAUAGGGUGGAGGAGGAGGGGUUGAGCCUGGUGGCUGCAACGUAUUGGGAGGGUGUCAGCAUCGGUGGGGCGGUGAGCACGGGGGGUCACGGCAGCUCGUGGUGGGGCAAAGGCGGAGCAAUUCAUGAUCAUGUGAUUGGUGUUAGAUUAAUAGUUCCAGGUAAUGCAUCAGAAGGUUUUGCAAGAGUUUUGGAUUUGAAGGGUGAUGAUCCACUCCUUAAUGCUGCAAGAGCGUCAUUGGGAGUACUGGGAGUCAUCUCUAAGGUGACGUUGUCACUGGAACGAGGGUUCAAGCGGAGCAUAACGCUGAAUUUCACGAACGACAAUGGCAUUGAGGAUGAAUUCAUGGAACAUGCUAAGAGGUACGAGUUUGGAGACAUUCAAUGGUACCCAUCGAGAUAUAGAGCUGUGUAUAGAUACGAUGAUCGAGUACCUUUGGACACAUCUGGAGAUGGAGUGUAUGAUUUCAUCGGAUUUCGUCCCAUUCUUGCUGUAAUACCCGAGACAGUCAGAGCAUUAGAAAAGGCCGCUGAGGCCACCAAAAACCAAAACCCGAAAUGCAUAAUGGCAACCUUGUCCAUUGCAUAUAGAAAGCUAAUAGCCAAUGGCUUGAAGAACAACUUAGUCUUCACAGGGUAUCCAGUGAUCGGACAUCAAGGGAAAAUGCAAACCUCAGGUUCUUGUCUCUACUCACCCCAAACAGACAAAGACAGCGUAUGCGCAUGGGAUCCAAGAAUCAAAGGCCUCUUCUUCUACGAAUCCUCAGCAAUACUCCCAGCGACAACCUUCGCCGAUUUCAUACGUGACGUGAAGAAACUUCGCAACAUAAACCCCGAUAACUUCUGUGGAGUCGACAUGUACGACGGUUUCCUCAUUCGUUUCAUCUCUAAAUCGGAUGCAUAUUUAGGACAGGCGGAGGACUCAGUCGUGGUUGAUUUCAACUAUUACCGGGCAGACGAGGCCUCGACUCCCCGACUGAAUGAAGAUGUAUUGGAAGAAGUGGAGCAGAUGGCGUUUUUCAAGUAUUCGGGUAAGCCUCAUUGGGCCAAGAACAGGAAGCUGGAUUUUGCUGGUGUGAAGGACAAGUACCCGAAUUUUAGCAAGUUUAUUGGAGCUAAGAAUGUUCUUGAUCCGGACAACAUGUUUUCUAGUAAAUGGUCUGAUGAAGUACUGUUGGGGCAGGCGGAGAAAGUGAAAGAAGAUGGAUGUGCUCUUGAAGGGCAGUGUAUUUGUUCGGAAGACCGACACUGCAGCCCUGGAAACGGCUACUAUUGCCGAACAGGGCUUGUCUAUAAGGAAGCUCGUGUUUGCAGAUAUUCUGGUUUUAGGUCCGGAUAAAGUAAUACCGGCCUAUUCACCACCCUAAAUUGGAACAUGAUCAAUCAUACACACUUUGCGAAAUGCGACAUUAAAUAUAUAUAUAUUCAUUAGAGAUGUGGUAAUACAAUUAUAUCUAUUACCAAAUGCCCAUAAAAAUUAAAUGUCUUUUG